AUGGCCACCGAUCCUCGGAUCAACAUCCUCUACGCCGACGUGCCGGAUCAGGUCGGCGUUGACGGCCCCAUGAGUGAUAUUGUGGAGUGGUUGAUGGGUGGAACAACCACUCUCAAGGUGCUCUCGAUUGUCGGGUUUGGCGGCCUGGGCAAGACGACCCUCGCCAUGGAGGUGUUCAGAAGGGUUGAGGCGCAGUUUGGCUGCCGCGCUUUCGCAGCCGUGUCGCAAAAGUUAGACAUGAAGCUCUUAAAGGACUUGCUCUCACAGGUCGCACAAGGUGCUGAUGGCAUGGACACAUGGGAGGAGGGCCGACUCAUCCGCAAGCUGAGGGAGUGCUUACUAAAUAAAAGGUACCUCAUUAUAAUAGACGAUGUUUGGAGCAAAUCAGCAUGGGAAAAAGUUAGAUGUGCUUUACCUCAGAAUAACCACAGCAGCAGGAUCCUAACAACAACACGAAUUGAGUCGGUAGCAAAGUCUUGUUGCUCUGACCCUGAUGAUCCUAUAUACAGAAUCGAACCACUUAAUGAAUCAGAUUCAAAGGUCCUAUUUUUCAAGAGAAUAUUUGGCGACAAGGAAGGUUGCCCUCCCCAACUUAAGGAAGUUUCCAAUCAGAUCAUGAAGAAAUGUUGUGGCUCACCAUUGGCUACAAUCAGCAUUGCUAGCUUGUUAGCUAGCAAGCCCGUCAUGUUGAAGGAGCAGCGGGAGAAAUUGCUGAUCUCUAUAGGUUCUGCAUUAGAAAAGAAUCCUGAUCUAGAGGGCAUGAAGCAAAUACUUUCCCUCAGCUAUUAUGACCUUCCCUACCACCUCAAAAUAUGUUUUCUGUACCUCAGUUUUUUUCCUGAGGACUUCAAGAUUGAAAGGGACAGUCUGAUUCAGCAAUGGAUACCUGAAGGAUUCGUUGGCAUAGAAAGAGGUCUAAGUGUAGAGGAAGUUGCAGAAGGCUACUUCAACGAACUCAUCAAUAGAAGCAUGGUCCAACCAAUGGAUAUAAACUGUGAUGGUAGGGCUCAUGCUUGCAGGGUUCAUGAUGUGAUGCUUGAGCUUAUACUAUCAAAGGCGAUCGAAGAGAAUUUUGUUACUUGA